ACCAAAAGAAGGAGGUUAGGGAGGACGACACGCUUUCUCUCUUCCCCCGCCAUGACCAGCUCUUCAUCUCCUUCACGCAAGGCGUUAAGCAAGAUCGCGAGCAAUAGGUUGCAGAAGGAGUUAACAGAGUGGCAAAUAAAUCCUCCCACUGGGUUUAAGCACAAAGUCACCGAUAAUCUUCAAAGAUGGACAAUCGAGGUUACCGGAGCUCCUGGGACACUUUAUGCGAACGAAAAUUAUCAGCUUCAGGUUGAUUUUCCAGAAAAUUAUCCCAUGGAAGCGCCUCAGGUGGUUUUUGUUCCUCCGGCUCCGCUGCAUCCCCAUAUUUACAGCAACGGGCAUAUUUGUUUAGAUAUUCUAUACGACUCGUGGUCACCCGCAAUGACGGUGAGUUCAGUAUGUAUCAGCAUCCUCUCCAUGCUCUCGAGUUCACCCGCAAAGCAACGGCCAGCGGAUAACGACCGUUAUGUGAGGAACUGCAGAAACGGGAAAUCCCCGAAAGAGACAAGGUGGUGGUUCCAUGACGACAAGGUGUAGAAAUUCCCGGGACAAAGGCACUUUUCCGCAAAACAAACGAGGUUUAAUAUACUCUUCUAAACCCCGAAACAUAUAAAAAAAUAUAAUCUAAUUGAAUCGUGUAAGGACUCGUAAAUAGAACGGUAAGCGUGGAGAUAUAUCCAAAUUACAUUUUCUGCAUUUUCAGAAGAACCAUGUUUAGCUUUUUGAAGUUGCUGCAGGGUUUCACAAGAAUCCGUUAGGGUUUAUUGGGAGCGAAAAUAUCGUUAUUUCGGUGUCGGAUAUGCGAGUUCGUUAUGAAACCAAUGAGUUCGGUGUUGUAUUUGUUCGGUCCGACCCGUGUCCACCCCUAUAAGUUGUUGGUGUUGCCAUUUUAUUGUUUGGAAUCUGAUUUGUUUACGUUGUAAUUGAUAACCAAAGUAAACCGAACCGGAAUAUUACGGUUCAGUCUUGGUUAUGUAGCUAAUUCGUUUGUUAAACUGAA